UAACUCCUUAACUAAAAAUUCAACGUGUUAAAGUUUAUUUUAAACUUUUCCCGCUCUUUUUUUCAAAUCGUAGCUUCCACCGGAUCGAUAUGUCAACUCGUUGAUUUGAAAAUAUCGACUCGGCGUUCACUUCACGGCGAAAACGUUGCACACGUUUCAAAGUUAUGCAUGUGCGAUGUGUUUUAAAUUAUGAAUAUAGAAAUAUACUCGCAAUACUGACAAUAUGUACGAAUAAAAUGAUCUUUGUAAUAAACGAAUACCUUUUUUGACCGAGCGUGGGUUAAUUUGAGCGAAUUAUCAGUGCCAAACUCGUUUUAGUCUUUUGUCAUCUGCAAAUUUCAUUUUCAUUCACUUUUCUUCAUCUAGUCUCGGUUCAUCAAUGGAACGAUGAACUCAAUCUUACUUAAAGACAAUCGAUAUGUACAAAGGAUUUUGACAGCAUUCGUUUGCCUGAGCAUUGUGCAGUUAUUUAUUUAUUUGAAUCAUGUACAGCCCCAUUACUUCAUCGACGAGGUUUUUCACGUGCCUCAGACUUUGCGAUAUUGCGCUGGUAAUUUUACACAGUGGGACCCCAAGAUUACUACUUUACCCGGAUUGUACUUAAUCGCAACUCUGAUACUAUCACCCUUAAAAUUGUGUAACGCCUUUUAUAUGAGAUGCAUAAAUUUGCUUGGCACGUUUUUGAAUCUGUAUCUUGCUCACAGUCUGAUUGAACAGAUUUCGACAAGACACUGGAAGCAAAAAUGGAAUGACUGGAUGAAAUUUACCAUCGCUUGCAAUGUCAUGUUAUUUCCACCAUUAUUUUUCUGGCAUUUUUUGUAUUAUACAGAUGUUGCAUCAGUUAAUGCAGUAUUACUAAUGUUAUUGUUACAUUCGUGUAAACAAUUUAAAACGGCAGCUUUCGUAGGUCUUUUGUCUGUGUUGAUUCGACAGACAAACAUUAUUUGGGUUGCAUUUAUUACCGUGGAACAUUUGUUUGAUUUAUUAGAUCAUAAAAUAAGUAAAUCAAUUUCAUAUCAACAAUAUACUUCAGUAAUAUAUUUGAAAUUAUUAUGGGAAAAAGUAAUAAGAAAAAUGUGUCAUAAGUGGGAAUUAUUUAUGAGAUUCAUCAUUCAGUUGUUCGCACAACUGUUCCCAUAUAUUGUAAUAUGUUUAACAUUUGUUAUAUUUGUUAUAUGGAACAAGGCAAUUGUAGUUGGAGAUAAAGGAGCUCAUGUUCCUACUAUUCACAUUCCUCAAUUAUUAUAUUUUUCUACUUUUUUAUUUUGCUUUUUAUGGCCAUACAUGAUUGUUUAUUGGAAAGAUUAUUUUAAGUUCAUCAGCAAACAGUGGAUGUUUGAAGGUUGUGUUUUGAUACUUUUAACUGUAACUGUUCAUUUCAACACUCUUGUACACCCAUACAUGUUGGCCGAUAAUCGACAUUAUGUAUUUUAUUUUUGGAAUAAGUUAAUGGGAAAGUACAAACAAUUCAAAUAUCUUUUGGUACCUGUUAAUUAUAUUCUUAUGAUUUCCAUGGUACUUAUUCCUCAGUUAUUGAUAGAACCACGUUACUUUAUUGUUCCAUAUAUAUUUUAUCGACUUUCCAUUAAGAAACCAAAGAAAUGGCAAAUUAUUGCAGAAUCUGCAACUACAUUAAUGAUAUAAAAUCUUCUAGCGAUUCGUUAUACUGUUGUCCGAAUACUUGUUUGGUUUCUCCCAUGUCCACUUCGCAACGAGUGACAACAAGCCUGAUUAAGCGAUCAUCAUCUGUGCCAAGACCUUUCAUACUCUUUAUUGCGUUAAACAUUGAUUCGUCAGUUCCGAAACGGAGUUCACCUGAGAAACAAAACAAAAGUAGUAUUGAUGUCACGCGUUAUUUACGAAAUUACAUACCAGCUCUGAGAAGUUCUUUGGCAUCUUCUACAGCGGCCGCUGCGUCUACGUCGAAUGAUUCAUCUCUGUUGGCACAACACAACGAUACCAUUAACCGCUUGAAAUUCCCGGAGGUAUCGUCUCUUAAGUCAUCUUCUAAUGUUCUCCCGUACACUAAACGACAAAGAGGAAAAUAA